AUUGGUGUAACUUCAUAGUAAGCUCCACCCAGAAGGUUUUGAAGGUCAUGGAUUUCGAGAUGUUUAAUCAACGCCGGCGCCGCCUUCUGAAUAUCUUAGGUCUGCCUCAUGCUACUGGAACUCCUCCCGUGAUAAGGUACAGCAUUGCUUUCUGAAUAUCUUAGGUCUGCCUCAUGCUACUGGAACUCCUCCCAUGAUAAGGUACAGCAUUGCUUUCUGAAUAUCUUAGGUCUGCCUCAUGCUACUGGAACUCCUCCCGUGAUAAGGUACAGCAUCGCUUUUCAAUACUAAUGCAGUUUAACUCAUGGGGUCUAUUCACAACAUAAUCUGCUGUGAUAAUACUCGGGUGGUCAGCUUUUCAUAUCUUCAUAACAAGACAUAUUAAUGACAAAUAAUUGCACGUCAAUAGCUGUAAUUACUGCUUGUAUGCAACUUGCCCUUAAGAUUUCCUAGAUCCCUUUGUGUUUUUUUUUUUUACCACUUAACUCUUUAAUUCAUCCAAAUAUAUGUAAUUCAUUUAUUUCAACUUUGUUAAAUGACAUGGCAUUUGCAUCUAGAUUGUUAACAUUUUCCCUUAACAGUAAUGCUUUCUCCUAAAGUCUAUUGUUUGAGCUAAACAAGGCUGGUCAUAGAUGAGAUAGAAGGCUUGGUGGCGUAGUUGUGCCAGAUCAACCAGAUCAAAUACAGAGCCCUCCACUGACCUGCUGGCCCAAGGUUAGCUCAGGGUUAGAUAAGGUGUCCACUAAAAGCAAUGCACUCAUGGAGCCUAGUUGAAGGUCACAUGUAACAAUUAGGGUCAAAUGUUUUAGCAAUACGUACAUACCAACAUAUGUUCCUCCUAGGUGCCACAGCCAUGGAGCAGGACAGGUCCCGUUAUGUGGUUGAUCGGCCCACCUAUAACAUUGCCGAUUUCGAUAGAGAUUUUGACAAAAAGGAUCGGCAGUUCCCAGUGGGAGAGAAAGUGAAGAAACUCUUCAGGUGCUCUGGGGCCCGGCUGAAGGCCCUGCUGUACAGACACCUGCCCGUGCUGAGCUGGCUGCCCCGCUACAAGGUCAAGGAGAACCUGCUCGUGGACGUCGUCAGUGGGGUCAGCGCUGGUACUAUACAAGUGCCCCAAGGCAUGGCAUUUGCUCUCCUGGCUAGCCUUCCUCCGGUAAAUGGCCUCUACUCCUCCUUCUUCCCCCUCAUCCCGUAUUUCUUCAUGGGCACGGUCCACCAGAUGGUCCCAGGUACCUUCGCUGUGCUCAGCAUCAUGGUGGGAAUGGUGUGUCUGCGGCUGGCCCCGGAGUCAGACUUCAGUCAUUUCAACGCCACACUCAACGCCAGCGUCGUGGACACGGCCAGGAUGAACGACGUCCGGCUGGGAAUAUCUGGAACACUCGCCUGCCUCACAGCUAUCAUACAGAUGGGCCUAGGCCUCAUGCAGUUUGGCUUCGUGGCCAUCUACCUCUCGGAGUCCUUCAUCAGAGGCUUCAUGACGGCUGCAGGACUGCAGAUCCUCAUCUCAGUUCUCAAGUACAUCUUUCAGAUAAAGGUGCCGCCCUACAGCGGACCCCUGGCUGUAGUGUAUACUCUUAUAGACAUCUUGCGCCGCCUUCACCACACCAACAUCGCCUCGCUGCUCUUCGCCCUGAUCAGCAGUGUGGUCCUCAUCGUGUCCAAGGAGCUGGGGGCACGCUACCGCCACAAGCUGCCGUUCCCCAUCCCCAUGGAGAUCCUCAUAGUGGUGGUGGCCACGGCCUUAUCCGGGCCUUUGGACCUGCCAGAGAAAUAUUCCAUGGACGUAGUGGGGGAGAUUCCUCUGGGCUUUCCUGCACCCAUCCUGCCAGCAGUGUGUGAAUGGGAGGACAUGUUGAGCACUGCCUUCUCCCUGGCUAUAGUAGGAUAUGUUAUCAACCUGGCCAUGGGCAGGACCCUGGCCGCCAAGCACGGCUACGAUGUGGACCCCAAUCAGGAAAUGUUGGCUCUAGGAUGCAGUAAUUUCUUCGGGUCGUUCUUCAAGAUCCACGUCAUCUGCUGUGCCCUCUCGGUGACCCUCGCCGUGGACAACGCCGGGGGGACCUCGCAGUUUGCCAGCCUGUGCGUGAUGCUGGUGGUGAUGAUCACCAUGCAAGCCCUGGGCGUGUACCUGAAACCCCUGCCUAAAUCGGUGCUCGGAGCGCUGAUUGCGGUCAACUUGAAGAACACCCUGCUGCAGCUCUCUGACCCCUAUUACCUGUGGCAGAAGAGCAGAUUGGAUUGCUGUGUGUGGGUCGUGUCGUUCCUGGCUACGUUCUUCCUCAGUCUGCCGUAUGGGGUCGCCAUUGGAGUGGGCUUCUCCAUACUGGUGGUUAUAUUCAAAACACAGUUUCGAAAUGGUUCAGCAAUCGACCAAAUUAAGGAUACGGAUAUCUACAAAAAUCCUAAAGUGUACAGUAAGGUGGCUUCUGUGAAGGGUGUGAAAAUAGUAAACUACUGCUCUCCACUUUACUUUGCAAAUGCGGAAAUCUUUAGACAGAAGGUCAUCAAAAAGACCAAUCUGGACCCUGGCAAGCUUAUCCUGGCCAGGAGGAAGUUUGUGAAGAAACAGCAGAAGGAGAAGGAGAAGGAGGAUAAGAAGGACAAGGAGUCGCGACGCAGGAAGCCCAGUAGUCUGGUCACCAUGAAGACACAGACAAUCUCACAGCUUGAGCUGCAGAACGACUUCGACCCCAAAACUGAUUCCCCCACCACCAGCUAUGUCAACUUCCACUUCAGUGACGGUGGGUUGGAGGACCAGAUGCCCGGUAGCGGGCCCCCCGACAGCCCCUCGGCCCUGGACUCCCAGCCCAUGCCCUUCCACACCCUGGUCCUGGACCUGGCCGGCGUCUGCUUUGUGGACCUCAACGGGGUGAAAGUGCUCACCAAGAUGAACUCCUGCUAUGAGAUGCUGGGGAUUAAACUGCUCCUGGCCAACGUUCAAGCCCAGGUGUACGAGGAGCUGAAGGUGGGCGGGGUGUUUGACGGCCAGGGGGGGAUACCUCGGACUCACCUCUUCCUCUCGGUCCACGACGCCGUGCUCCACGCUCAGCACACAUCCGCCGGAAACACCGCAGGACUAUCCCAGGAAGAGAGGGAGAGGCGAGAACUGGCCUUCAAUACGGACGAUCAGAGGGACCUGGAACAGGAAAUGUUUUGAGCAUGUGCCGCAUGAAGGAAUCUUCCGUUGUCUUGUAAUUGUAAUAAAAUGUCUUACAUAUGC